AUGUUCCAAUCACUCAAGGAUCGCUCUUCGUUUGGAGGCUACAUACGCUUUGUGAUCCGCAUCUUCCAAUUCGUACUCGCCAUCACCGUCAUCGGACUCUACGGCUACGAUCUCGACAAUGCGAGAAAGGCUCACAUAGGCGCAGACCCCAAAUGGACUUAUGCGGUCGUGGUCGGCGCCCUCUCUGCCAUCAGUGUAUUCUUCUUUCUCUUCAAGUAUACGUUACGGUUCUUCUGGGAUGCGGUUAUGCUAAUCCUCUGGGCCAUCGUCUUUGGCAUCUUCGGAAAAAUGUACAUCAGCGCUCACCCAACACCCCACCAACAAGGCCAACAACGCAUGAAGAACGCAGUCUGGAUCGACCUCGCAAACUUGAUCCUAUGGUUUAUUACCUUUGGCACGGGCGAAAAGGAGGGCAGGUAUGCGCCUGUGGAUCUGUGGGUCAAGUAUCCGGUAUUGCUUACUUCUGAUGCUUGGCAUUUGAGGUCUAAGGGCGAGUGGGUGGAUGAUACGGAGCAGGUUUUUGCGGAGUGUAGGUUAAUUAAGGAGAGGAAGUAUGCUAGGGAGGAUGCGGAGCAGCAGUCGCAGAGGGAGCAAGAGGCUGGGCUUGGAGAUGAGGGUUGGAUAUUGCCUGAUGAGUUGUUGCCGGAAGCUUUGUUGGUUGAAGAACUUGUUGCAGAAGAGGAGAUGCCGGAGCAGACAGAAGCUCCGUAUCAGCGGCCGGGACCUAUUCACGUUGAUUGA